AACCUGCGGCCCACGGGCCGCAUGCGGCCCGCCGGGCCUUUUUGAUUGGCCCACUUGAAGUUUCUAUGCUCCAUUCUAUUUUAAAUUUCGCGCCUAUCAGAGAACGAGUGAUUCGGAACAAAAAUUGAACGUAGCCUAUUAUUGUAGUCUAUGGUUGCGCGAGUGAACGCAGGCCGGGAAUCCCCUACGAACCUAAGUGCUUUGUUUGCCAGUCGGUCGUAACUUGUUUUGAGUUUGAGUUUUUACAUGUCUUUCACAUAUCUAAUCUCUCUUAAUAAUUGCAAGUAAUUGUUGUUAUUUAGUGCAAACUGUUGUUGCAUUUUCUACAUAAUGUCAGGAGUGUCAUCAAAGUAUAAAAGAAAAAUAACAAGUGAAAAUAGAUUGUUUCAAGAUGAGUGGGAAACAGAUUAUUUUGUUGUACCGAACAAAAACAAUGCAGCUACUUGUUUGAUAUGUCGUGACAGUAUUAUAUUGAAGAAAUACAAUAUUUCGCGUCAUUUUACCACAAAACAUAAAUCUUUCGACGAAACGUUUUCACCUGGGUCGGCUUUGAGAAAUGAGAAAUUGAUUUUUUUAAAGAAGUCCUUGUAUCAAGAACAAAAGUCAAUGACCGUGGCAAUAUCACAGGACUCAGCGGUAACCAAGGCGUCAUAUGAAAUUUGUUACAUUCUUGAACAAAAUGAAAUUGACAUACAAAAAACCGUGUGUGUAUGUACAGAUGGUUGUCCUUCGAUGACUGGAUUCGAAAAUGGAUUUAUUUCGUUAUUUAAGAAAAAAUACAAUUUGUCCAAUUUAAUAACAUUUCACUGCAUUAUACAUCAAGAAAACUUGGCGGCGCGUGCUGCAAAUCCAGAGUUAGAAGCUGUAAUGAAGACCGUUAUAAAUAUUGUCAAUUUUAUACGAGCAAGAGAAUUUAACCACAGAAGAUUUAAAAGCCUUCUACAAGAACUGGGAAGUGAGCAUAAUGACGUAAUUUUACAUACCUCGGUGCGAUGGCUUAGUAGAGGUAAAGUUUUGGAAAGGUUUUUCUCAUUACGCAAUGAAAUAAUACUGUUUUUAGACCAAAAUAAUAAAGUGUACCCUGAAUCACAAAAUGAUGGAUGGUGGUGUCUUUUAGCUUUUCUAUGCGAUAUUACGGAAAAACUGAACAAUCUCAAUCGGAACUUACAAGGUGAAGAUAACAUAGUUUCUAAUAUGUCAAAUAAAGUGUUUGCAUUUGAGGAAAAGCUAAGUAUUUAUCACACAGAAAUCCAGAACAAACAGCUGCACAAUUUUCCAACUGUUAUUAAAACUACAGAAGAUGGUAUCAACAUUUCGGAAAAAAACUGCACUAUAAUUUCAAAUUUUAUAACUGCUCUAAUAAACGAAUUACAAAAAAGGUUCCAAGAUCUAAGAAAAAUAAAAAAAUGUUUGUUGCUUAUAGAAAAUCCAUGGCACUUAGAAACAACUACCAUCACAGAGUUGGCUUCAGUUUUAAGUUGUAAUUACGCGGAAUUGUUCGAUGAAUUUAUUGAUUUUAAAAACGACACCAAUCUAGAAGUCGUGUUUAAAGAAAAAAGGGAGAACAGAGAAUAUGUCGAGUUUUGGAGCAUUGUUCCCCAAAAAUAUAAAAACGUACAAAGAUGUGCUCAUAUCUUACUAACAUUCUUUGGGUCUACGUAUGUGUGCGAAUCUUCUUUUUCUAAAAUGAAAUAUACAAAGAAUGUAGGUAUACAGAAAUAAACUCACAGAUUCUCACCUGGAUGAUGUAAUAAGAGUAGCAUGUAGCAAGAAGCCAGAUCUUGAUAAAAUUGUGAAAAAGUGUUCACAGUAUCAAAUAUCGCAUUAAAAUAUAGUGUUUUCAAUUUUCUUCUCAUCAAUAAAGUAAAUAUAUCGUUACCUUUGAUUUAUAUUUUAUUUAUGACCUAAUAAUUUCUCGCUUGCGGCCCGGGAUCCCAUGACCGAAACGUUUUUUGGCCCUAGUAAAAAAAAGGUUGAGUAUGGCUGGUAUAGAUGAAUGCGUUAUACAUUCAGUCAGAAAAGUAUCGGGAAUGGAUUAUUUAUUUAUGGUUCCAAAUUCAAAUUUUUGUUUUUUUUGUUGUUGUUAGAUUGGCACAACUGUUUUCCAUUUUGGCGCGGAGUUUGAGUUGCAUCUGUUGUUUACAUUAAAUACAGUGCUAUUUUUAGUUAUAUCAUAUCUAGUGUGUAUUGCUAAUUUCAUAAUGGAUAAAAACAUCGAACAAAGAGUUUGUCUUAAAUUUUGCAUUGCCAAUGGAAUAUCGUGUUCGGAGUCACUGAAAAUGUUACAGAAGGCUUACGGUGAAUCGACUUUAUCAAAAACUCGUGCUUAUGAGUGGUACAAAGCGUUCAAAAGCGGUCGAGAUGUGAUGGAAGAUUUGCCUCGCUCUGGUAGGCCAUCAACGUCUGCAACUGAAGUUAACAUCGCAAAAGUGAAGGAAAUAGUGACUGAAAAUCCUCAUUCAACUUUGAGAGAGAUAGCCACCGAACUUUCUGUAUCUCACGAGUC